UGGAAAAUCCACAGCGCUCCUGCUGCUGCCGGUCUGGAAGAGCUGGACUUCUCGCAAAUCCGUAGACUCGUAGCGCUGAAUCCCUGGGGAGAACGACUUCUAUUACGGCUGAAACUACAUGUCUUCUCGAUGUACGAUCCUACAUCGGCAACGAUGCGGUGCCCUCACCUUAGUUGCCUUAGAGUAAAAGACACCACGGUGUAUCAUGUAUUCUGGACAUGUCCCGCUGCCAGUAUGCUACGGAAACAAUUUAUGGACGAUUGGCAUCUCCACACUAUAGAGGACACUAAGCUUGAACAAGCUUUUUUCAGUUUAGUACUACCCAUGGUACCCCCGGGAAUGGGAAAAUUGGCGGACACCCUCUACCCAUUCCUCAGCGCAGGACUCCGGGAGCGGCUCACUGCUGCUAUCAUCACUGCAGCGGAGAAUUGUUGGAGAAUUGGAGUUGCGCUGUACUUCCAUGCCGUCUGGCGCUGGAGGGUCAGUCACUUUGACGCACACAAUGACAUCACUGCACCCUACCGGAGUGCAGGGCUCAGGACCCGUCUGAGACAUGGUUACCAAACAGUGGUUUUCCGGACAGGAGUUGGCCUAGGUUCAGUCUUAAACAGCGCGCUGGCUUCGAAUUUCUACAAGUAUCUGUCCUCGGCACAUCCGGAACAAUAUAGGAACUUCCGACCACACGGAACGUCACAAUUCAUGCUGUUUUUUGGUGGAAGCUCCCGUGGCAACCCAAGCCCCGGUGGAUGUGGAUCGAUGGUGGUGCAAGUGGGUGAUGAUGUGAUUGGGCAUGCGGUACUUUAG